AUGUCUACUGGUUUUGACCAAGCACCGCUGCUAAACGUUAUCAUUAAUGACAAGCGUGUGGACCACGAGCCUUUUACAGAUGACCCCUAUAUUAACGCUGGCACAGUCAGGCGGGGUAACCUGUCAGAAGCUUUAGAACUGGGAUAUGGUGGAGUAAACUUCACCUUGAAUUACACUCUCAAGAUCUUCACUUCUACCUGUCUUUUCUUUGACGACGAUCAACAACUGUGGAACACUGAGGGAUGUGAGGUUGGUCCAUUGACGACCACGUCAUUGACACACUGCCUGUGUGACCACCUCACCGCGUUCGGAUCAGACUUCAAGUUCUUCGUGGCGCCGAACUCCCUGAACAUCCUGGAGGCUCUGGAAGGGUUUACAAACAUCAUGGAGAACCCGUCGGUUGUCAUCACCAUCGGAGUCCUGUUUGGACUUUACCUACUGAUUGUCAUAUGGGCAAGAUGGGAGGACAAAAAGGAUGGAUUAAAGGUGGGUGCUACAGUGUUGGAAGGGUCAGGUAGAGGCAGCCAUACGUACGAAGUCAUGGUGUACACCGGAACCCGGGCCAAUGCUGGGACCAGUGCAGAGGUGUUCCUGGUGCUAAGAGGAGAGUUGGGCCAGUCUGUCCCGUACGUGUUGGAAGACAAAACCCGCAUCACGUUCAAGCAAGGCGCUGUAGACACAUUUGUGGUGACGUCUGCCUUUCAACUGGGUCCAAUAUAUGCUGUCCAUAUUUGGCACAAUAACAUUGGCCCUGACCCGUCCUGGUACCUUGACCAAGUCAUCGUUACUGAUCUCCAAGAUGAUGAUAGGCACACCUUCGUGUGCAAAAGCUGGCUGGCAGUAGAAGAGGGGGACGGAAAAGUAGAUCGGGUUCUGUAUAAGGCAAGUUAUGACGAUCUGGUCCGUUUCGGUCGUCUUUUCUCCAAUAAAACUUCCAAGGACUUCCGUGAUGAACAUCUGUGGUUUUCUGUGAUUGGUCGACCAGCAACAAGUCCCUUUACCCGAGUGCAGCGCGUCUCCUGCUGCCUGUCUCUGCUGAUGUGCACGAUGCUCACCAACAUCAUGUUCUUCGGCCGGGGUCAGACUUACCAGAAGCCAGCUCCAGUCUACAUACUGGGAUUCCAAGUACAGUUUCCCAUCUCCUGGGGCGAGAAAGUUCAAGGUGAAUGA